UAUACAAACGGAGUAGUAGAAGCGUCAGUAGCUUUUGUGUUUAGUAGAAUGGAUACUUACGAGGAAUCGUACUAUAAAAUUAUGAUCAAUUUCUUAUGUUUUCUUGGACUGUGGCCUUAUCAGCCUCGACUAAAGCGCGUUCUAUACCCUACUGCAUUAUGGAUCUCACAUAUCGUCCAACUUAUUCCUCAAAUAAUUAUCGGAAUUGUAGAUAGUGAUGAUGCAGAGCUAUUGUUCGAAUUAUUGACAGUAUUUGUACAGGAAAUAAACUGUAUGAUAAAAUUUCUUAACAUGAUAAACAAAGCAAAAAUGAUAAAAAUACUCCUCAAGAGAAUUCCAGACGAUUGGAUGAUAUUACAAAGCGAUGAAGAAGAAAAUGUAUUCAAGUAUCACUUAAGUAUGGGAAAAUUAAUGUCAGUUGGUUAUGCAGCCAUAAUGUUUAUAUCAACAGUAUUAUACUUAAUGGAUCCAAUUAUACCGAUAUUUGUGAAUACUAUUUCCAAAUCAAAUGAUUCUGUGCCUCACAAAUUUACUACCCCCAUGAAAUUUAUUAUAUUUGACGAAGAAAAAUAUUAUUGGCUACUAUUGAGUUUAUCAACUAUCUGUGUGAGUUUAUUCAUGAUAGUUUAUGUUUGCUGUGAUGUUGUUUUUAUUUCAUUAGUGCAACAUGUCGGUGGAAUAUUUGCUGUUGUAGGAUUUCGUUUAGAAAAUUCGCCUAUCGUUGGAAGCUAUGAUUCUACGAUCGAAGAAAAAAAAAUUUUUAUAAAUUCAGAAGACAUUAUUUACAACCAUUUUGUAUCGUGUGUUAGAGAUCACAAGCGAGCUUUAGAAUCUUCUCAACUCAUUGAAGAAAUUUAUACCCUAUCUCUUGGAGCAUUAGUUGUACUCAAUUUACCUGUAAUGAGUGCCACCGGGGUCAAGAUUCUUUCACCAUCCGCUACAAUCGAAGACAUUGUGAAAAAUAUACUGGAUGUUUCAGCUCAAUUGGUAUAUCUCUUUUUCAACUGCUACAUGGCACAAAAAUUAACUGACAUGAGCUUCUACGUUCAUUACUGCAUAGCUAGAGUAAAUUGGUACAAUAAUUCACCAAAAUCAAAAAAAUUGCUGUUUUUAAUGACCCUGAGAAGUCAAGUUCCUUGCAAGCUGACUGCAGGAAAAAUAAUAGAAUUGUCUAUAGAAAAUUUCGGAAUGAUGGUGAAAACAGCUGGAUCGUAUUUUACUGUUCUUUUGUCCAUGCGUCAAGCUACAUAACUCAGACCAACUCAUACUCGAUUUCCUUCAGAAGCCUGUAUGUGUUUCACAGGAUUCUCAUAAAGCGAUGGGAGUCUCAAAGGAUAGUUGAGACACACAAAGAAAAUAGUGUAAAAUAUUCAAAAUUGUAUAUGGGAUAAAAGAGAGGCACGAAGCUUCAAUAGGUAGGACUGGAUAAAUAGUAAGGCGUGUAAUCACUAAAAAUACAAUUAUUUUGAUCAUUAAGUCACUCAGAAAAAGAAAAAAAAUAGCAAACUGGAUGUAAAAUCAAUGUCAAGUCAUUUUGAUCAACUUUUAUACGCGAAAACUUUCUAUAAAUUUAAAAAAUGACUGAUCGAAAAUUCUGGAGCCGCCAAUUGAUGAGCAAUUGACGAAAAAAAAUAAUAAAGAGUUUGUUUGGCCUUGCAUCGCUUAAAAUAUUGAAAAUCCUACUGAAUAUACGAAUUUCUUAUUUUAUUUUGUACCCACCAUUUUUUGAUAUUUUUUGAUCUGGAAUUUUGUUAACUAUUUCAUGUAUGUCCUUGUGUAAUUGUUGCAAUAUAUGUUAUAAGUUAAAUGUCAUUGAAUGUAAUCGAGCAUCAGUAAAAACCAUUAAAUUAGCACAUUAACAAAA